CCGCCCGCGCUUCCUGCGCCGGCGUCCGGCUGUUUGCGCGCCCCGAGCCCGCCGCCCACGGCGCCCCGAGCCCGCAUGGGGACGGGCAAGGCCGAGUCAGCGGCUGUGUAGACGCCGCUGCCGCCAGCCGCGGGCCGCAUGGACGGGGCCGCCGGGCCCGGUGCGGGCGCCGCCCCUGAGGCUCUGCGGGCGCUGAGCCGACGGUUGCAGGCGCAGGAGGAGGAGAUGGAGCUCGUGAAGGCCGCUCUGGCAGAGGCGCUGCGCCUGCUGCGGAUGCGGCCCCUGGACAGGGACAGGGACAGGGACAGCUCCGCGGCGCCCCCAGGCCUGCCGCUCCCCUGCAGCCCAGCCCUGGUGAGCCGGGGAACCCAGACGGAGCCACAGGAGGACUCUAUGCCGGGCCUGGGCCCUCCUGGCCUGAGCAAUGGCCCUCCAGGCCCGCAGGCGGGCGGCGAGGUCCCUGGCGGGGCUCCCUCUGAAGGUGGCAGCGGCAGCAGCGGGGCUGGGUCGCCGGGACCCCCGGGGGUGCUCAGGCCAGGGCAACCCCCAGUUCGCCUGGACACACCCCGGAGAAAUUCGUCCUCAUCCUCCCCGUCAGAGCGGCCUCGGCAGAAACUGUCCCGAAAGGCUGCAUCCUCUGCCAACCUGCUGCUGCGCUUGGGGAGCACGGAGAGCCGUGGGGGCAAAGAUCCCCUCUCCAGCCCUGGGGGCCCUGGGUCUCGAAGGAGCAACUACAACCUGGAAGGCAUCUCAGUGAAGAUGUUCCUCCGAGGCCGCCCCAUCACCAUGUACAUCCCGUCCGGCAUCCGCAGCCUCGAGGAGCUGCCCAGUGGCCUGCCCCCCGAGACCCUCAGCCUCGACUGGGUUUAUGGGUACCGGGGCCGGGACUCCCGCUCCAAUCUGUUUGUGCUGCGCUCCGGGGAGGUGGUCUACUUCAUCGCCUGUGUGGUGGUGCUGUACCGGCCUGGGGGAGGCCCCGGGGGACCCGGAGGCGGUGGCCAGAGGCACUACCGGGGGCACACAGACUGCGUCCGAUGCCUUGCUGUCCACCCUGACGGUAUCCGGGUGGCCUCAGGACAGACGGCUGGCGUGGACAAGGAUGGCAAGCCCCUACAGCCAGUGGUCCACAUCUGGGACUCAGAGACACUGCUGAAGCUGCAGGAAAUUGGACUCGGUGCCUUUGAGCGCGGCGUGGGGGCCCUGGCCUUUUCCAUAGCGGAUCAGGGAGCCUUUCUCUGCGUGGUGGAUGACUCCAACGAGCACAUGCUGUCUGUGUGGGACUGUGGCCGGGGGACCAAGCUGGCAGAGAUCAAGAGCACAAAUGACUCAGUCCUGGCUGUCGGCUUCAGCCCUCGGGACAGCAGCUGCAUUGUCACCAGUGGGAAAUCCCACGUCCACUUCUGGAACUGGAACAGCGGGACAGGGGCUCCUGGGAAUGGUGCCCUGGCGCGGAAGCAGGGUGUCUUUGGGAAAUACAAGAAACCCAAGUUCAUCCCCUGCUUUGUCUUCCUCCCUGAUGGGGACAUCCUCACCGGGGACUCGGAGGGGAACAUUCUCACCUGGGGCCGGAGCCUCUCUGAUUCCAGAACGCCAGGCAGGGGUGGGGCCAAAGAGACCUAUGGGAUCGUGGCCCAAGCUCACGCUCAUGAAGGUUCCAUCUUCGCCCUGUGUCUCCGGCGGGACGGGACAGUGCUGAGUGGUGGUGGCCGCGACCGCCGGCUGGUGCAGUGGGGGCCGGGCUUGGUGGCCCUCCAGGAGGCGGAGAUUCCGGAGCACUUUGGUGCUGUGCGGGCCAUUGCGGAGGGGCCGGGCUCUGAGCUGCUGGUGGGGACCACAAGGAAUGCGCUGCUGCGAGGAGACCUGGCUCAGGGCUUCUCCCCGGUCAUCCAGGGCCACACGGACGAGCUCUGGGGGCUCUGCACCCACCCUGCGCAGAACUGCUUCCUCACCUGUGGUCAUGACCGGCAGCUCUGCCUGUGGGAUGGAGAGGGACACGCGCUGGCCUGGAGCCUCGACCUCAAGGAGACUGGUCUCUGUGCGGACUUCCACCCGAGCGGGGCGGUCGUGGCUGUGGGACUAAACACCGGCAGGUGGUUGGUUCUGGACACAGAAACCAGGGAGAUCGUGUCGGAUGUCACCGACGGCAAUGAGCAGCUCUCAGUUGUCCGGUACAGCCCAGACGGCCUGUACCUGGCCAUCGGCUCCCAUGACAACACAAUCUACAUCUACAGUGUUUCCAGUGACGGUGCCAAGUCCAGCCGCUUCGGCCGCUGUGUGGGUCACUCCAGCUUCAUCACUCACCUUGACUGGUCCAAGGAUGGCAACUUCAUCAUGUCCAACUCGGGAGACUAUGAGAUUCUUUACUGGGACUCCCUGUACCCAGGGGACGUGGCUGGGGGCUGCAAGCUGCUGAGGAAUCGCUAUGAGAGCCGCGACCGCGAGUGGGCCACCUACACCUGCGUGCUGGGCUUCCACGUGUAUGGCGUGUGGCCGGACGGCUCGGACGGGACGGACAUCAACUCCCUGUGCCGCUCCCACAACGAGCGCGUGGUGGCCGUGGCCGACGAUUUCUGCAAAGUGCACCUCUUCCAGUACCCGUGCGCGCAUGCCAAGGCGCCCAGCCGCGUGUUCGCGGGCCACGGCAGCCACGUGACGAGCGUCCGCUUCACCCACGACGACGCGUACCUCGUCUCGCUGGGCGGCAAGGACGCCAGCAUCUUCCAGUGGCGUGUGCUGGGCGCGGGGACCGCCACGCCGUCGCGGACGCCCUCCCUGUCCCCAGCCUCCUCCCUGGACGUAUGACUAGGCCGGCGCUGCUCCCCUCUUUGACAUUCCAGGCGACCCAAGGGGUGCCGCACUCGGACCCUGCCCGCCGGGCCGCCCAGCCCAGCCCGACCCGCUGCCUGCUGGGGGUCAAUAAACAGAUCAAAGUCGC